AUGGUAGGUAUUAAAGAAUUCCUGAAAUCCCAAUUCGCUCACAAGGUUGUUGUGAUUGGAUUUAUCGAGGACUUUAUUAUAAACGUUGUGUUAAUUGUUUUGUGUAUUGUGCCAAUGUUCAUCCACCCAUUUCAUAUGGAAAUACCCGACGGGUCGCAAAACGUAAACAUGAUGUACCCAUAUGUACACUCAUCUGUGCCAACUUAUGCCUGUUGUUUACUCGCCUACUUGCCGCCCGCACUUUUAAUCAUCAUUUUUUCGGUCAAAAAGAAGUCUCUUUUAUUUUUGGUCUUCUCGGCACUCACACUGCUCCUUGCGGCAUUAUCGUGCCUCUCGCUCACUAACUGGGCAAAAAUAUUCGCUGGAAGACCACGACCACACUUUUACGCGAGACUCGAAGAAAAUUCGGACCAAAUUGACGAUGUUUAUAAGAGCUUUCCGUCAGGGCACAGCUCCACAAUUUUUAAUGGUAUGUCAUUCACAGCGUGUUUCGUUGCGGGUCAAAUCAAAAUCUUUGGCCGAAGCCACGCAUCAUGGAAAUUAUUACUUUUCAUUAUGCCGUGGAUCAUUGCGUCGGUUGUCGCAAUUAGCAGGACAAGAGACUACCAUCACAACUUCUCGGAUAUUCUGGGGGGUACAGCUUUUGGCAUUUUCUUCGGUGUUGUUGUCUACCUCGCAAAAUUCAAAAACUUCUCUGCUGAAAACUGCGACGAUUUGAAGAUAGAGGAGGACGUGGACAAGGAGAAAAAUGCGACUAUAACUGAUGAAGAGAAGACUUUGGCUUAG